AUGCUGAAAAGAGAGGCAAACACCCUUAUUAAGUCAUGCUCCAAAGUCACUGUCUGGUUCCUAACUGUGAUGGUGAAGCAUGGUUAUAUUGGCAAACUUGAAAUUAUUGAUGAUCACAGAGCUGAGAAAAUUGUGAACCUCACAAGCAGGUUAAACAAGUAUCAAGUGAUCAGCCCCAGAUUUGAUGUACAACUCAAAGAUCUAGAAAAAUGGCAGACUAAUCUGCUCCUAUCCUGCCAGUUUGGUUUCAUUGUACUGACAACCUCAGCUGGCAUUGGCCCAUGA